AACUGGAGGCCAAGUAUACCUACCACAUCAGUUUCGUGCCGAACUCCGAACGCACAGCACCUCGAGCGGAAUUACCAAAACGGACCGGAAUGGAGAAGAAUAUGCCAUACAGCCAGGAGGAGCCUAUCCCACAGGCGCCGCCAUCCUAUGACAACACCCAGCAGAUAUAUCCACAGGUGCCAGUGAUGGUGGCACCAGCCCUCACUGUUCCAGCCCCCCAGGCCAAUGUAUUGGGUGGAGUUCCCUGCAUGGCCACCUGUCCCAGCUGCGGAGCUCGUCUUCAAACUAAUGUCAGCUUUCAGCCCAGCACCAAGACCCAUUUGCUGGCUCUGCUCAUCUGCAUGAUUGGAGGCAUAUGCUGCUGCUGCAUUCCCUACUGCACCGACUCCUGUCAGUCGGCCAAUCACACUUGCAGCGGCUGUGGAGCUUAUGUGGGCACCUACAAUAACUAAGCUUUUUAAAAAGGAUUAAAAACAAAGGGGAAUCCCACCAGUACUAGUGCAUGGCACCAGGAAGAUAUAUUCUUAUUGCAGUCAAGAAAAUAUUUGAUUUUACAAAAGAAAUAAAUAAAAAAUGUUAU